GAGGCUGCUGGGGACGGGGCUCGGGUUCCUAGGCCGGGCUUCCUCGGUGGCGGCGGGGAUGUCCCCGCCAGGUGCGCUGACGCCCGCAGCCGCGCCCCAGGAAACGGCAGAAAUGAGUAACCGAGAAGAAGCCGGGGUGCAGGCUUCGGAAUUAGACUUGCUCUCUAGCAUGUUUCCUUACGAGGAAGAGUUUGUUGUGACUGACCAGCUGGCUGUAGCAGAACUGAAGCACUAUGUUGAAAACGAGUCUGCAGAGAUGCCAUCUUCAAAAGUUCAGUUUAUACUGAAUGUGAAGCCAGAAGCCCCUAAUGCCUCUACGGUGGAAUUCUCUAUGGCCUGUGCUUUACCUUUUAAAUAUCCCACCGUUCUACCAGAAGUUACUGUGAGGUCAUCGUUAUUAAGCCGUUCUCAGCAGGUUCAUCUGAACUCUGACCUGAAAAUGUAUUUGAUGCAAAACUGCAGUGGUGAACCGUGCAUGUUGAGUGCAAGGGAAUGGGUUAAAGACCAUGCAGCUGCUUAUAUUGACAAAGAGAUUUCGUCUUCCUCAGUGGCAACAUCAAAUGCCACACAGUCAGAAGAUGUCACGUUCACUCGGCUGUGGAUCUACAGUCAUCACAUUUAUAACAAGCAAAAAAGAAAGAAUAUUAUUGACUGGGCCAAGGAGCUCUCUCUGUCAGGGUUUUGCAUGCCAGGGAAACCGGGUGUUGUUUGUGUUGAAGGUCUGCUAAGUAGUUGUGAAGAGUUCUGGUCAAGAGUAAGACGAUUGACGUGGAAAAGGAUCCUUAUUCGACACAGGGAAGAUGUUUCUUUGGAAGGGGGAGGGCAUGCUGAGAUUCAGAAACAAAGAAAGUUCUCCACUUUGGAAGAAAAAUGUUUUGAUGCACAUGGUGCCAGAGGAAAUCACAUGGAUUUGGGGCAGCUGUAUCGGUUUUUAGAAGAAAAAGGAUGUGCUGACAUUUUUCAGAUGUACUUUGGGGUUGAAGGGCAGUGAAAGGGUUGAAGAUCAGCACAAGUCCAAGUGCCUACAUUUGUAAGUGAAUCCUUGUAACAGAUAGUUCUGCAGCAGUUGAUCAGAGAGGAAAUUCAUAGUUCAGGUUUCUAAGAUGAAUCCAGUUUUUAACGAAAACAAAUCUUCGGUGAAAUCCAGAAUAAUAAAAAUGACUAAAUGAAAGCUUUGCAUUUUAAGGACAUUUAGGGUACAUACCUAAUGGCAAUGAAAGAAAAUACAUUUUAUAACCAGCUGGGCAGUUACAGAAUUAUAGAUGAAUGAAUAGAUAGAAUUUUGGUGAAUGAAGUAUUGAUAUCUCAGGAGAGGAAAUGGGAUGUUUACAUUAUUUGUUACUGUUUACAUACACUACAUGAAGACUUUUUUGUAAGUCUUUUAUUGUACUUCCUACCUGAAAGUAUAUUAAGCCAUGAGAUCAAUGUUUCAUUACAAAAAUAAAAGGAUGGAACAAGUUCAAAGAA